GUCCCCACCAUACAUUCAGUUCAAGUAUGAAAACAAUAAACAACCCUGAGAAACGGGAGAUAUGCAAGAAGAUCUGUCGUCCAUUUUCGACAGAAAUACAGCUAAAAGAUUAACUGGAACAACCAUAGACGAGUUGAACGUUCUGUAAAACGACGUUGGACUCAUCGAUCCUGACAAAGGAUUUCCGAGAGACGGCUUUCCCUUAGCCCCUUCUAGCUAGCCAUGUAGCUCGUUCUUCGUUAGUACACUUUGCUUUCUUUGUUAUGCAGUUGCCAGAGGACUGUUUUCGCAUUCGUUUUCCUCCAUCUCUUCGCUCCCUCACCCUGAACUUGCUGGCCCUAUGUCUCGCUGGCUUUUCCCCUGGUCAGGCUCAAUCAAGAAGCGGGCCUGUCGGUACCUCUUACAGCAUUACCUCGGUCACUUCUUGCAAGAACGACUGAGUUUGGAACAGUUAAGUUUGGACCUGUACAAUGGUAGUGGUGUCAUCAAAGAAAUCAACAUCGACGUUUGGGCGGUCAACGAACACUUGGAGUCUCUUGGGGCUCCAUUUGAGAUUGUGGAUGGGUUUGUGAGCAGCAUAGAGGUGACAAUUCCCUGGUCAGCUCUUGUCACCGACCACUGCACCCUCGUCAUCUCAGGCCUUCAGAUAACAUGCAGACCCAAGUACAGGAGCAGUGGGGGGUUGGACUCCCAGGGCUGGUCCACAUGCAUGACCUCCAGCAUGCAGCUGGCCCAGGAGUGUCUAAAGGACCCCCCUGAGGCGUCAGAGGAGCCGCCCGCUCCACUGGAGGGCCUGGAGAUGUUUGCACAAACUAUUGAGACAGUUCUGCGUCGGAUCAAAGUCACCCUCCUGGACACCAUCGUCCGAAUCGAGCACCAGCCCCUGGACAUGGAGACGGGCAUUGCCUUAGAGGUGCACAUCAAACGGCUGGAGUACUGUGACGAGGCGGUGAGGGACCCCAGCCAGACGGUGCCUGUAGACAUCCACCAGCCUCCUGCCUUCCUGCACAAGAUCCUCCAGCUCAGCUCUGUUCAACUGCUGUACGAGACCACCGGAGGGCCCCAGGGUGUUGAGGAGGAGGAGGAAGGUGUUGAGGAGGAAGGUGGUGAGGAGGAAGAUGACCCUCCAGCCAUCCAGCAGCCCCUCCUCAUCGGCAGCUGCUCUGGCUUCAUGGAGACCACGGUCAAGAUCAAACAGAACGACAUGCUGCCUGGACCUAAGUUGGAGCUGGAUGGGAAGGUGGGUUGCCUCCACCUGCUGCUCUCCCCAGACCAGAUCACUCACCUGACCGACCUUCUGUCUGCCCUUUGCAUCGACACAGAGCCUAAGCCCAGUGGUGCUGGGGUUCACAGCCGUCCCCUGGACUCUGAGGACCUGCGUCUGAUAGAGGAGGACUUGAGCAAACAGUUGAGCUCCAGCCCCGGAGACAGAGAUCCGGACUGGGACGAAGAGCCUGACAUGGAGCCCUAUCUCACCGGUCUGGAGAACGGGGAUAUGUUCUUCUCCAUGGGUCCUGGUAUGACUAGCAGUGUGACGUCCGCGCGCUCUCUCUCCGACAGCAUGGCGUCGUCUACACACAGCCAGGCUAGCUACGCUCAGGGCCUACCACAGGGUCCCAGGCAUUAUCCUGUACCAGGAUCACUAUACAGCCUGCCACAGUGUAGCAGAAUACCAGGGCGAAGUAGCCAAUCAGAGCCACUGAAGCCAGAGGUGUUGCUCCGCCUCUCGCUUGGCGGGCUCACCCUAACCCUACUGGAGCAGGACCUGCCCCCCGGGCCGGACGCAGCUUCCUCAUUGGCCCAGGUGUCUCAGGUGUUCUUCCGGGAGCUGGCCUUCUUCAAAGACAGCAUGUUCAGCGAGAGAGACUUCCACCACCUCAGGGCUAGCUUCGCUAAAGCCUGCCCCCACUCACACCUCAGGAUGACUGGAGCAGCGGUACAGGUGGCGUGUGAGAUGCGCAGUGCAGGUCGCCACUCUCGUGCUGUGACCUCUGACCUGUCCUUCAGUAGGCUAGAGCUGCUUGAGUGUCUCUGGGAGCCAGGAAAGCCCCAAUACACUGAGUUGCUCCACUUCCAGCGUGCUGGAAUGUUCACAGUGGGAGCUACAGCCAGACCCUGUGCACAGCUACACUACAGUCUCACAGAGAAACACCUGCGCAAGGGGAGGCAACGUGUUCUGCGUAGAGACAGUGUAGUGAGGGUAGAGUUGGGAGAGCUGAGUGCUGAGUUGGACCUGGACAUACUGAGUCGACUGGAGGCUCUGAGCAGAGCCUGCAGCCACUGUCCCACACAGACAGGAGGACCCGUCCACACACAGACCCAGAGCAGUGAGCUGCACUCCUCUCUCUCCCUCCUCUCGCCCCACGCCAUCCUCAAGCUCCGCUUCCCCAUCCCGGACCUCCGGCCGUACCCCCUCCGACGCCCGCCUUCCCAGAGGUCCGUGCGGCAAGAGAACCUGGUGCUAGAGCUGUGUGACCUAGAUAUCCGCUCCCAGGAAGGCCCUGACCUACAGCCGGAUCCCCAUGCACCCCCUGGCCCCUCCCAUGGCUCCCUCACACAGCUACUGGAGGCCAGCUUCAGUGACAUGCACGGAACGUAUGAGGGCUGGGAGGGAGGUUCCUUCCCCUGUAUCAGAGUCAAGAAGAGUCAAGACUCCAUGGCCAAGCUGUCAGUGCGUGUGAGUGGAGGAGAGGGUCUCGGGUCAGGGUUAGGGGGGGUAGGGGUGGGUCUGAUGAGGGACCUGGGAUCCAUGUCGUUUGAGAACCCCUGUGAACUCCGAGAGAAGACCAGCUCUCCCUUCUCCUCCAACCGCACCAUGUUCGAGACUGAGGAGAUGGUGAUCCCAGCAGACCCAGAGGAGAUGCAACAGUUCCAGUCUCAGUGUGUGUCUCAGUGUGUAGUAGAUGUCUCUCUGCCCCUGGCCUACAUCUUCCUGCCCAGCAAACAGGCCUUCCAGAGUGUCUACAACAGGAUCAAUAAUGACCUGUUGAUGUGGGAAGCCUCUCCCCCCUCAGACCCUAAGAGCGACCACAGCCCCCAACACCGUCGCCAAGAUGACUAUUUCCAUCUUUGCAAGUCUGCCGUCAAACUAGACUCGGAGGAGGAGGAGGAAGAUGCUCAGUUCUACCCAGCCAGUGUAUCAGCCAGAUGCGGGCAGUCGGAGCCCCGCCCUAACCACAAACUCAGCUUGCUCUCCCUCACCGUCGUCAUAGGGAAGGGCCGCCUCCAAGCCAUGACGGACAGCAAGGGAGAGACAGGAAGUCAGGAGGACCAGUGUCACGGGGAGCUCAUGUUGGACCUGGAAGGGGGAAAGAUGUUCAGUGUGGCGCAGCAUCAGAACAACCCCCAUCUCAGCUUCCUGUGCUUGGAGAGCAGGAGGGUGGAGCUUUACCACAAAGCUGUAGUAAAAGACUACCCCAUCCCCAGGCGGUUAGAAAUGCCCAGCUUCACUCCCCCAGGGCAUCUGGACCCUACCAUUUACCCCACAGAGGUGGGGGUGAGCAGUGUGAGUGGCAGGGAGACUGAGGUCCACAUGUUAUCCACGGCUUUCAAAAUAACCCUGGACCCUCAGAGGAACGUCAAGGAGUUCCUGGUUGCCCUUCGUCUCCAUGGCGCCACUAUGCGACAUCAGAUGGCACAGACCAAUCACAGCUGGCACGAACAGCUGGUUGAUUUUCUGGAUGUCAUUGAUGACCCGAUCCUGGGCUACACAUCUCCUGCAGUUAUUACCGUCCUACACACACACCUGGCCACCUGUGCCGUGGACUACAGGCCCUUGUAUCUUCCAUUGAGGGUGUUGUUCACAGCAGAAUCCUUCUCUCUGUCGAGUAACAUCAUCGUAGACACGGCCACCUUUCACCUCAGGUUUAUCCUGGAUGACUCUGCACUGUACCUCUCUGAUAAAUGUGAAAGUGAUGUUGUGGACCUGAGACGAGACUAUGUAUGUGCUCUGGACAUUGAUCUGCUGGAGCUGGCCAUUACCACAUGGAAAGGCAGUGAUAAAGGGAAACUGUCCCAGCCUCUGUUUGAGCUGCGUUGCUCCAACAACGUGGUCCACCUCCACACCUGUGCUGACUCCUGUGCUGCCCUGGUCAACAUGCUGCAGUACCUGGUCUCCCAGGGAGACUUGCACCCGCCCCCCCGACAAACAUCACCCACUGAGAUCGCGGGACAGAAACUGCCGUUGUCAGAAAGUCCCGCCUCCUUGCCACCCUGCCCUCCAGCUGAGACUGCUGAGAUCAACCAGUGCGAUCUCCUUGAUGCUUUGAUUGACACCGAGAGGAGCCAUCCAGAUGAGGAUAUGGACUCGGGUUCUCCCACAGUCCCGCGGGGCUCACCUGUCUCUGUCUACCUGUUCCCCGGGGAGGCUCCCAAGCUCCCCCCACCUGUUGUCAUUGACGGGGAGGAGUCAGAGCUUGACGGACUGGUGGCGACAGCCACUGAGGUACAGGCAGAUAUGAUGUCAGAGGAUGGCUCUGAGUGUUCAGAGGACAACGAGGACUUCUGCAUCCUAGAGGCUCCUGGGAUGGGUAUACCUCCCAGAGACGGGGAGCCCAUGGUGACGGUGCUAACUGAGGGUCCUAUCAGGGUGAGGGAGGGCCACUUUUCCCGACCGCGGGGCAGCUCUGACCUGCUGCGGGCCCCCAACCACUUCCCUGUCCCCCAGAGCAGGGUGGUGCUACGAGAGGUGUCUGUUGUCUGGCAUCUGUACGGCGGGAGAGAUUUCGGGGGCAAGGCCAUGUCUACACACACGCAGCAUGGAAACAGGGGUCGCUCUGCCCCCUCUGGGAUGCGUGGGUCCCCGUCCCGCUCCGCUGCUCCGUCACGGCCACAGAAUUCUUGGCGUUGGGCUGGAGGUGGUGGACGACAACACAACCUGCUCAUGGAGAUCCAGCUCACCAAGGUGAGCUUCCAGCACGAGUCGUAUCCGGUGUUGGUGUCUGCGGCUGGGCCGUGUCAGGAGGGAAGGAUGCCUGGGGUGGGGGUUGGCGCGGUGGGCGAGCAGCCUCUGUCCCGCCAGGUGUUCAUCGUUCAGGAGCUGGAGAUACGCGACCGCCUGGCCUCGUCCCAGCUCAACAAGUUCCUCUACAUGUACACAAGCGAGAGCAUGCCCCGCAGAGCACACUCCAACAUGUUAACAGUGAAGGCCCUGCAGGUGUGUCCAGACUCGGGUGUAGGUGGUCCAGAGUGUUGUUUAAGAAUCAGCCUCCUCCCCCUCCGACUCAACAUCGACCAGGAUGCCUUGUUUUUCCUGAAGGAUUUCUUCAGUAGUCUGGCUGCUGGAGUUAACCCCUUCCUGCCUAUGGAUCCUGCAGCUGAGGUGAAGACAGACCCUUCUCAUAAGCCCACUGAAGAUGGGGUCAUUGGCACGGAGACCACUUCUGGUCUGGGUCCUGACCUCACUGCUUCUGUAGAAACCACCUAUAGUGAGCAGAGCUCCUCGUCCUCUGGCUCCACCUCUUCCACUGAUCAGCCAAUCUACUUCCGGGAGUUCCGUUUCACCUCUGAAGUCCCCAUCUGGCUUGACUACCAGGGCAAGCAUGUGGUCAUUGAGCAGGGAACGUUUGCAGGGAUUCUUAUUGGUUUGGCCCAGCUGAAUUGCUCUGAACUGAAGCUGAAGAGACUUUGCUGCCGACACGGACUUCUAGGUGUUGAUAAGGUGAUUCAGUACGCUGUCACUGAGUGGCUGACAGACAUCCGAAAGAACCAGCUGCCGGGCAUUCUGGGAGGUGUAGGCCCUAUGCACUCUGUAGUUCAGCUGUUCCAUGGAGUCAGGGACUUGUUCUGGAUGCCCAUAGAGCAGUACAGGCGGGAUGGCCGCAUUAUCCGGGGUCUCCAGCGGGGGGCAGCGUCCUUCGGUACCUCCACUGCUUCUGCUGCUCUGGAGCUCAGCAACAGACUGGUGCAGGCCAUACAGGCCACAGCGGAGACUGUGUAUGACAUUCUGUCCCCAACGCCCCCCCUGAACCGUUACAUCACAGAGGGCCGACCGCCCUCCAACCAGCCCCGCCGCGCCCACCAGCCUGCCGACCUCAGAGAGGGCGUGGCUAAGGCCUAUGACACUGUCAGAGAGGGUAUGAUGGACACAGCUCAAACGCUAUGUGACGUGGCGUCUCGCGGGCAUGAGCAGAAAGGUCUGCCUGGUGCUGUGGGCGGAGUCCUGCGGCAGAUCCCGCCCACUGUCGUCCGUCCCUUAAUAGUGGCGUCCGAGGCAACGUCCAACCUACUGGGGGGCAUGCGGAACCAGAUCAAGCCAGAUGCACGGAAGGAGGACUUCUUAAAAUGGCGCUCCGACGAAGGCCAAGAGUGAUGAUUCUGGUGGUGGCUGGGUUAAAGGUUAAGAAUAUGGUGGUGAAGUUAUGUGGCUGAACCGAUGAAGGGAGUGAAUGUGUGAGUGAGUUUUUAAUGCAAAAAAACCUAACUACUGCGGAGUGAUUGACACCCAGUAUUUGAUGUGGCUCCAGAUGGAUCGAGAUACAUUUUUUGUUUUCUUU